UUAUAGCCCCCCUUUUUUUAUCUGCUACAAGAGCUUCCAGAUAGUCACUGUGAUUUUUAACACUGGGUUGGUAUGGGACAUUAGUACUUAAACACCAAGAACUACUAACAAGGCGGGGGAGACUGAUCUACCGCCCUGCAACAGAUUCCGCGGCAUGACGCUUCAAAGGCCUUAAAAUAUGUGGGGUCUCCGCUCCGCACCCUUUCAACACCGCUCAAUACAGCUCAUCUCUCCCUCCUCUUUCUCCCAUAGACUUGCUGCCUUUCGGCAGACCUUCAAAUUUGCGGGAAAUGGCGCAUUUCCUGAGAGGAAAGCAAGCUGGUAUUCAAAAGGACUUGUCUGACGGCUUGUCGCCGGACUUGUUCGCCCUCGAUGAUUUCGCUCGAUAUGGCGUAAAUUCUCAGAUCAGCGCUAUCGCUUACGAUCCAGUUCAAUCUCUUAUUGCAGUUGGUACCAGCGACACUCAGUUUGGGAGCGGCCAGAUCUAUGUCUUCGGCCAGCGUCGGGUAUCCGUUGUGUUCUCAUUGCCCCGGAAAGCGUCCGCCAAGUUCCUACAAUUUUGUGCCGACAAGCUUGUCAGCGUUGAUUCGAAAAGCGAAGUUUGUGUUUUCUCUCUCGAGACGAGACAGACGCUCUUCUCCUACGCCCCUCCCAACCAUGUCAGCGCGCUAUUGACAGAUCCUAGUCUUGACUAUGCUUUUAUUGGCCUACAAAACGGAGAUAUCAUCGCGUACGACCUCGACCGUGAAUCUUUAACGCCUUUUAAAGUUCCUAAUCUCUGGGCCCAGCGUAACCCGCGGGCACGGUUUUGCCCUAUCAUCACACUCUCCUUUUCACCCCGCGAUAUUGGAAAGAUCUUAGUGGGGUACCCUGAAGGCGCCGUGGUAUACUCAUUUAAGCAAAAUCUCGCACAGAAAUACUUCGAGUAUGAAGUUCCCCCGGGUGCCUUGGGUGGGAAUUGCGAUGUCCCAUUCCAAGAGCCGCGCAGGCCACGGCUGACCAGAGCUCUCUGGCACCCUAACGGGAUCUUCAUAUUGACAGCCCAUGAUGACAAUAGCUUAGUCUUUUGGGACUCUAAGGAUGGCCGCAAGAUAAUGGCUAGGUCAAUUACCACUCCUAAUGUUGACCAGCCAGGUACUAGCCUCGAGAGACCCCUGUCAUCAGAAAGCGCUGUCGGUCUCAGGGACCCCAUUACUCAGAUUGCAUGGUGUGUCAAGGAUAAUGGUGAUGAUAGUGGGCUGUUAAUAGCUGGUGGCCAGCCAAAAGCUGAGGCCAACAAAGGGCUUACAUUCAUUGACCUGGGGCCAACUCCCAACUAUCAAACGUCCUCCUGGGCCAUGAUUUCGAACUACCUCGAAUCUCCGAGACGGAUAACAAAUAUACCGACCCCCCAAGGCGCCGAAGUUGUUGAUUUCUGCCUUAUUCCGCGUACCUCGCCAUACUACGCUGGCGGACAUGAUCCGAUUGCCUUGAUCGCUGUGCUUUCUUCGGGAGAGCUGAUAACUAUGAGCUUCCCAAGCGGUCAUCCGAUUACCCCCACCAAUAUGAUUCAUCCUUCUCUUACUUUUGUACACCCGUUCGUGAACAAGAUGACUCUUACCCCAGUCGACCGUUCGGCUUGGCUUGGUCUUAGGGAACGAAGGUCGCAAGGGCCAAAGUUUCUGUUAGGUGGUGCGGAGGGAAAGAAGGUGCUGAAACGCUUUGAAGAUCGUAACAUAGUUACAACUGCACACGCCGAUGGCACAAUUCGUCUCUGGGAUGUAGGCCAUGAUGAUGAGGUCGAGAAUGGUGAUGUCAUCCAGGUCGAUUUGGCUCGUGCUGUGGGUCGCGUCGGUAAUGUUGAGGUUAGUGAGAUGGCCUUAAGCGGGUCAACCGGUGAGCUUUCAGUUGGCCUUCGGAGUGGUGAAGUAGUAGUAUUUCGAUGGGGCAGCAAUGGAAAUUUUGGUCAAGAAGAGCUCGCUGGCGCUAAUGAAGGACCGGGGAAAUUGACCAAGAUCGCUCAUAGAACCGACCCUGGAUUGAAGCAGGGCCUUCUUCCCCUUACUCUGUUGGAUAUGCAGCAAGGACCAGUCACUGCAUUGCAACAUAGCCAAGUUGGCUUUGUCGCAGCCGGUUUCGAAGGCGGCAGUCUAGCAAUCAUCGAUUUGCGUGGGCCAGCUGUGAUCCAUACAGCACGGUUGUCGGAAUUAACCAAACCUAGCAAGCGAAGUAGCUUUUUGAGACAUCGUUCUUCUGAUGACGCUCCUCCAGAAUGGCCAACGAGCAUUGAAUUUGGCGUAUUGACUUUGGAAGGGGAAGAUUAUUCGAGUAUUUGCUGCUUUGUGGGCACUAAUCGAGGUAAUCUCGCCACCUUCAAGAUACUUCCAGGGGAAUCUGGGGGUUAUAUGGCUUCGUUCGCUGGGGCAACUUUGCUAGACGAUAAAGUCAUAAGCAUUAUCCCUAUCAAUGCUGACAAUGGCGACCUUGCCUUGGCCACUCCGAAUAGCGUCGGAGGAUUGAGAAACGGGGCUCGGAUUCACGGUGUUGUCAUUGCUGUGACUGUUUCUGGCUGCAGGAUUUUCAAGCCCGCAACCUCUAAAGGCGCACACAAAUCGUGGGAGGAUUAUCUGUGCGAUUCUGCUGCAGUGGUCAAAGUCGAAGGCCGAGGCUACAGUCUUGUUGGUCUCUUUGGAGACGGCAACGUGCGGGCUUUCUCCAUCCCAGGCCUCAAAGAGAUUGGGUGCAAGGAGAUCAAUUACAUGGCUGAUAUGAAACGCCUCUCGGAGUCCACAGUUUGCUCUAACGGGACAGUUCUUACUUGGACAGGGCCUUCUGAAGUCGGACUAUUUAAUGUUUGGGGAGCUGGAACUGGGCUGCGACGUUCAGAAGAUCAACUUUAUAAUGUACAAGCAGCUAACCCCCCACGCCCUACUAUUACAAACAUCCAGUGGAUUUCCGGCACCCAAUAUAUCUCUCCUGCUGACAUGGACAUUCUCAUUGGAGGCCCUGAUCGCCCCCCAUCUAAGAAGAUGCAAGAGCAGAUGCGGCUUGAAGACCAAGAGCGCCGGAAACUUGCUAGGGAGGGGAGAACCAUGACAAACCAAUCCCAGCAAGGCAGCGACGAAGGAUAUUGGUCGUAUAUGCAACGCCAGGUACAGGAGCGCACGGAAAAACUUAAUCUAGCCGGCGACCAGAUGGAACGAUUAGAAGAAAAUAGCAGUAACUGGGCUCGGGACGUCAACAAGUACGUUCAAAAUCAGAAGAAGAAGGCUGUGCUGGGUGCCCUAGGGUCGAAGUUUGGGUUCUAAAAAUGCUUGAGACUGGUAUUUAUGACGAACGACUCCUUGAUAAACGUGGGGCAAAUGUACAGUUCUUAUUAAACCUAGUGGUCUGCCUAUGGAGUAUAGCUAGUUACAUACCCUACGUUGUUGUUGGGAUUGAUGUGCUUCUGUUCUGCAUAUCUCUCAUUUAUUCAUUGAUCUUUCUUCAGUAUUGAGUACAUGCGUAUGUCCUAUCGAGGAUACGUGAAUCGAUUGCACAGGUUUCAUUGACUGAAGUCGUUGUCUAGAUAUGUAUGUGAUCAGAUCAGUCUUAAGGGAAAGAAUGCAUAUUAUAGUGUUAGAGGUA